GGUAUUGGAUUAGAAGCGUUUAUAAUAUAAUGCAACAACAUUAGUGAGUAUUUGGAAGAAAUAGAGCAGAACCUGGAACAUGAUGCAUGGCGAACAAGCAUUUAGUAGGAAAUAUAUAUUUCAAAGGAAAUUGCAUCCUCCUCGAUUUGAUUUAUGAAACGGACAUUUAUUUAAUCGGCAUUCAUUUUCUGCCGGUUGAAUUCACUCAACUCUUGACUUUUUCUUAUCCUGGCUUUGAUUAACAAAAGCCUCCCUGUCAUAUAGGUAGGUUGGCUACAGUCCGUUUUUAUUUCUCACCUCGUGUUGAUUUGUAAUUCAUGCCAGAAUACGAGCUCAGCAGACUUUUCAGCUUUGAAAUAGGUUACAGUUUACUGUCUGAUUGAUUUGCAGUUAAAAAGUAAAUGAACAAAACUACAACAAAAUCUUACAGAUUCUGUUUAGGGCCUAUACCUAUAUGCACUAUUGAACUAACGGAACUAAAGUCUGACGUUAUGUUCGGUGCAUUGGAUCAGAGCCUACUGGUGGAAAGCUGUGCUGUGGUGUCCUAUUCGUUGUGAGCGACAUGGACAACAGACUGGGUCAGGGUGAUGAAGAGGAGGGAGAUGUGGGGACGCUGUGGCACUCUUUGGACUGGCUUACGUCCUGUGUGAUGGUGGUUGGAGGGGCUCUGCCCUACGCCUCACAGUACCAGCAGAUCCUUCGGACCAAGAACACAGACGGCUUCUCUACACGCGUCUGCCUGGUUCUGCUGGUCGCUAACAUCCUCCGCAUCCUCUUCUGGUUUGGGAAGCAGUUUGAGGUGACUCUGCUCCUGCAGAGUGUGGUGAUGAUUCUCACCAUGCUGGUGAUGCUCAACCUCUGCUGCUCUGUACAGAACACCAACCGUAUCAGCACCAAACAGCACCACAUCACAGAUCUGGAACCCCGGUUCUUUUGGAGCUGGGAUGGCUUUGAGGACUACCUCAUCUUCCUGUUGGCCUUCACGCUGCCCUGUGCCUUCACCACCCUUCUCCUCCUGGACUCCUCUCUGUUUGUUGAGUCCCUGGGCUUCCUGGCCGUGCUGACGGAGGCCAUGCUGGGGCUACCACAGCUGCUCCAGAACCAACGCAACCACUCCACCACCGGCAUGAGUGUGAACAUGGUCCUACUGUGGAUGGCCGGGGACAGCUUCAAGACGGCCUACUUUGCCCUGAAGGAGAGCCCGCUCCAGUUCCUGUUGUGUGGGUUGACUCAGGUACUGGUGGAUCUGGCUAUCCUCUAUCAAGUGUGUCUCUACAGCCAAGACCUCUGGGACAAACUGGCUUAGCUAACUCUAACCCUAGCUAUCUCUAACCCUAGCUAUCUCUAACCCUAGCUAUCUCUAACCCUAGCUAACUCUAACCCUAGCUAACUCUAACCCUAGCUAACUCUAACCUAAGCUAUCACUAGCUAACUCUAACCCUAGCUAACUCUAACCUAAGCUAUCACUAGCUAACUCUAACCCUAGCUAACUCUAACCUAAGCUAUCACUAGCUAACUCUAACCCUAGCUAACUCUAACCCUAGCUAUCACUAGCUAACUCUAACCCUAGCUAACUCUAACCUAAGCUAUCACUAGCUAACUCUAACCCUAGCUAACUCUAACCUAAGCUAUCACUAGCUAACUCUAACCCUAGCUAACUCUAACCCUAGCUAACUCUAACCUAAGCUAUCACUAGCUAACUCUAACCCUAGCUAACUCUAACCUAAGCUAUCACUAGCUAACUCUAACCCUAGCUAACUCUAACCUAAGCUAUCACUAGCUAACUCUAACUCUAACCUAAGCUAUCACUAGCUAACUCUAACCCUAGCUAACUCUAACCCUAGCUAUCACGAGUGUUGGAUCCUGUAUUUUACAUUAUAGCCAUUACCAUAUAUAUGAUUGAAUAUUAUCUGCUGUUGGCUUGUGUGGAUGUAUGUAUGUGUUAUGCAACAUAGCUGACUUGAAACAUUGUUAAAAGUAUCAGGGCCAUGGGACUUUCUCAUGAUGGAAAAAUACAGAGAAGCAUGAAGACAGGAACUGUUCAAUGAGUUGGGAGGGGGGCACAUUCAGAGCGGGGUGUUGCGAGAACAAGCGGCCUUUUGUUAGAUAACAGGAGCCAGGUGCGAGAUAACGGUAUGAGAACCUGGAAGUUCUUCACAAGCAAGUUACAUCUAUCAACAGAAGCGCCAAGAGGCGGGGACCCGCCUGAGCGCCUGCAAUAGGCCGAGCAAGUUUAAACCACGCCCAGCCUCUACUGUGAUAGGCCAACAGACGGGUUGGAACUGUCUAUCACAGUAUAAAGAAUACUGUUUUACAUACGUCUUGUCAGUUCUCUGUUCUGCCCUGCGUGGUAUUACAGAGAGCCCGUAUAUACGAAAGUUGCAUUUGCCAUUUAUUACUUAGCUAAUA